AUGUUCGUCAAGCGACCGUCGAACGCGAAGAUGUGUGCGGAAAUGAGAGCCUGGGAGAAGCUCCAGCGCACCGGUAAGUUCCUCGAGGACAGGCUAUACGCGGACAUGCUCCAGAAGUACCGCCUCGUUGCAGGUGCAGCUGACCUCGCGACCGUCGAACGAACCACAGCAUCGACAGUCCUGGAGACACGAGGGUUACCGGCGCACCACCCCUCUCAGCAACGUUCGCUUCGAUCGAUCGAUCGCGACCUCGCCCGCCUCUGGCCCGACACGUACUGGACUGUGUCCGACUCUGAUAUCGACUACGAGAUCGACGGUUUCGUUCUCAUAGAUGAGGCCGACACCAAGGGCCUUGUUUUCUGGGAAGACGCCCGUUGGCGUCGUCGCAAGAAGCAGGACUGCCCGAGUGUCACCUGGUCUCGAUUUUGCGGCUUUCUUCGUCCUGAGGGCAGAACAAGAACCUAG